AUGGCGGCACGCGUCGCGCCAUACUCGGAGACGGCUGGGCCGGCUGUGCAAUCACCCGACACCAAGCCGCCGCACCUCCAACCGAAGCGCGCCGUCGAUUCGACCGAAAGCGACGGCGCGAAGGCGGGAGCGGCGACGGCAGGCGGCGCAGCGGCGGGAACGUCGAUGGCGGCGCGGUUCGCAGCGGCGCGGUACAUGUCAGGGUUCGGCAACCAAUUCGAGAGUGAGGCGCUGCCCGGCGCGCUGCCCGCGGGCCGCAACAACCCGCGCGUGUGUCCGUACGGGCUGUACGCGGAGCAGCUCACGGGGACCGCGUUCACCGCUCCGCGCAAGGAGAACCAGCGCAGCUGGCUGUACCGCAUUAAACCGUCUGUUACCCACCAGCCGUUCACCCUAUGCCCACCGCACCGCAGCAACCCCCUUCUCGUCUCCGACUUCUCUGCUGCCAGUGGGGCCACUGAGGCUACGCCGAACCAGCUGCGCUGGCGUGCCUUGCCUGUGCCGAGCCUGGAGGUUCGGCAUGUGGAUUGGGUACAGGGGCUGGUAACCGUGUGCGGGAGUGGCGGCGCCGCAGAUAAGACGGGCUUUGCCAUCCACAUGUACGCAGCCAACAGCAGCAUGGAGCGAUGUGUAUUCGCCAAUGCGGAUGGGGACUUGCUGAUCAUUCCCCAGCACGGCCGUCUGUGGAUCACAACCGAGUUUGGGCUGCUAGCAGUGCGCCCGGGCGAGAUAGCAGUGGUGCAGCAGGGGGUGCGCUUCGCAGUGCAUCUGCCUGACGGCCCCUCCCGGGGCUAUGUGUGCGAGGUGUAUGGGGGACACUUCCAGCUGCCAGAACUCGGCCCCAUUGGUGCCAAUGGGCUGGCCAAUCCACGUGACUUCCAGACGCCUACAGCUUGGUUCGAGAACGCUGCUCCUGCUGGGUCGAAUGCGGUGCAGAACGGUGGAGAGGGUAUGGCGCAGAGCGUUGGGGGGGGGUUCGUGGUGGUGCACAAGUUUGCAGGGCGGCUGUUUGAGGCGAGGCAGGACUUCUCUCCCUUCAACGUGGUGGCAUGGCAUGGCAACUAUGUGCCUUACAAGUACGAUCUGGGUCGUUUCUGCCCUAUGAACGCCGUCGCAUUCGACCAUCCCGACCCAUCCAUUUUCACAGUGCUCACGUGUCCCACCACGCGCCCAGGGGUGGCAGCAGUGGACUUUGUGCUCUUCCCACCACGCUGGGCUGUGGCAGAGGGCACGUUCCGCCCGCCCUACUUCCACCGCAACUGCAUGAGCGAGUUCAUGGGGCUUAUAUCGGGGACGUAUGAGGCUAAGGCGGAGGGUUUUGAGCCGGGGGGAGCAAGUCUGCACAGCUGCAUGACGCCCCACGGCCCUGACACCGCCACCUUCGAGCGGGCUGUGGCGGAGGAGGGCGAGUGCAAGCCAGAGAGAAUUCAUGAGGAGUCACUGGCGUUCAUGCUGGAGUCGUGCUUCACACCGCGCGUCACACACACCAUGCUCAACUCGCCCCUGCUUGAUGCCAACUAUUACCAGUGCUGGCAGAGUCUUCAGUCGCACUUCACUGGGCCGUCGGCCUGA